UCCCAGAAGGCCUCAGUGCGGGCUCUGGGCCGGAUGCAGUCUAGAUCUGAGCUCUGCUGGUCCGAGCUGGGCUGGGGUCUCUGGCUUUGCAUCCAUGGCGGUCCCUAGCAAGGCAGUGAUUGUUCCCGGGAACGGAGGCGGGGAUGUGGCCACCCACGGCUGGUACGGGUGGGUGAGAAAGAGGCUGGAGCAGAUUCCUGGUUUCCAGUGUUUGGCUAAAAACAUGCCUGACCCAAUUACAGCCCGAGAGAGCAUCUGGCUGCCCUUCAUGGAGACAGAGCUGCACUGUGAUGAGAAGACCAUCAUCAUAGGCCACAGCUCCGGGGCCAUCGCAGCCAUGAGGUAUGCAGAGACACAUCAGGUAUAUGCCCUUGUAUUGGUGUCUGCGUACACGUCAGACUUGGGGGAUGAAAACGAGCGUGCAAGUGGGUACUUCAGCCGCCCCUGGCAGUGGGAGAAGAUCAAGGCCAACUGCCCUCAUAUUGUACAGUUUGGCUCCACUGAUGACCCCUUCCUUCCCUGGAAGGAACAAGAAGAAGUGGCAGAUAGGCUGGAUGCCAAAUUGUACAAGUUCACCAACCGUGGUCACUUUCAGAACACAGAGUUUCAUGAACUGAUUAGUGUGGUAAAGUCUAUGCUGAAAGUACCAGAAUAGUCAGGAUGACGCCUGCCCUGUAACAUGCCAAGAUGGGGUAGAAGAGCAUCUGUUAUCCCAGUACUAGACAUGUAAUGUCCGGUGAAGUGCCUGAAAAACAAGCCUGUUUGAACACUCACCCUAAGUCACUAGCAUCUUCAGUUCCCAUAGAACUUGAAUCUUCUUGAAAAGCUGUAACUAUAGCAGUCUUUUUCCUUGUAUUGAUAAGGGACACAGAGGGAGUUUGUUUAGCCAUCCUGUUGAUCCAGAGAGUUAGUCUGAAGUAGAACCAGACAUGGUGGUGUGUCCCUGUAAUCCCAGCACUUCAGAAGAGAAAGCAGGGGACCAGGAAAUGAAGGCUAGCCUCACCCUGUCUCAGGAAAGAAAGAACAAAUAGACCCAGGUAUCCUGAGUCUCAUUCCAAAUUAUAACUCAGUAGCUUUUGCAAAGUGUUACCCACUCCUGAGACCCUAGUAUUUGGAAAGCUGAAGGUGGAUCUUGAAUUUGCCUACCUAUGCUAAAUAUUUAGCAAAACUGUCUCCAAAAACAAAAACAAAAACUAAACAGGUUUUCAUGCAAAGUAUAUGAGUAACAUCUUUUCCUUUUUGAAAUAAAAAUUUUCUGUUACUGGGGGAAGUAAACAUGAUUAAAGGUCCAAAAUGUUCUUAGAACUCAAAACUCUAGCUGUUGCUUCAAGCUGGCUCAGGGUAGUAAACUCAAACUUGGGUCUUCAUCACUCAAAUCCCUGACCCCACCCCAGUCCCUAGGUCCUUCUGACAGGUUGAGGGACCAACAUAUAAGGAUGCGAGUCAGGAAGCUCCAGGGGACAGAUAAUCUGUAUAGCCUGCCACCUGUAUACCAACUUCAGUAAGACUAGCAGGAUUAGGUCAUGUGGGAGUGCUGUAAUACAGAAAUGUGACAAAUAUUUAUGUCUUUUUUUAAAGCUGGGGAACAUAUACGUGUAUGUGUGUGUAUGAAUUAUGCUAGCUGCCAACACUGUAAUUAAAAGGUCUGCAAAAGCUACAAGACCAGCUUAGUCUACAGAUUAAGUUCUAGGACAGCCAGUACUACACAGAGAAACCUUGUCUCAAAGAAAGGCUGAAGGUAACCAAAAUGAACGUAAUGCUAAAUGGUGGAAAACAAGGGGGCAAUUUGUACUGUUACGUUUUAAGUAUCUUCAAAAAGAACUUUUCCAUGAUUCAAGUUUAAUUCUGUAAAGAGUUCAACCUUUUAACUUCUAGAGAUCAUUUAAGCAUCAUUCCAAGAUUUUUCUUAUACUCACCAAAAAAGAACCCCUUUUUAAAAAUGUACUUUUAUAUUAGCAUAUAUUUGAUGUAUAAAAUGGUUUCAUUAUGACAUUUUUACUGUUUUUUUUCUUUGCUUUUUUUUUUACUCAUGUUUAUAAUGUACUUGGAUCAUAUGUAAAAAAAUAAAAAACCUUUAUUUCCCAGAAUUUCCUGACUGUUGUGAUGCUCAAGAUCUCCAGUGUACUUAAACUUGAUGACACAGAACCUGUGACAGAUACAGAAAUGUGAUUUUCCACACUUUUAUCCCUAGAUGGGAUGCAAAGCUGUUGUGAAAUGAUUUAGGGGUUUCUAAAUACACAAAAUAUUCUAACUUUUAACAAUAGGUAUCUUUGGAGGAGAAAAAGACAACCAUAUAGGUCUACUCUUAAGUGCUCACAUGAGAAUGGAUAAUAUCAGGAAGUUAGUUAUCAAGUGAAUGAAUGUGUGUGUAUGUAUGUAUGUAUGUAUGUAUGUAUGUUUUUUGAGACAGACAUUCUCUGUGUAGCCCUGGCUGUUCUAGAACUCCCUCUGUAGAGGGAGUUGAACUCACAGAGAUUCUCCUGCUGCUGCCUCCCAAGUGCUGGGAUUAAAGGCGUAUGCCACCACCACCUGGCAAGUGAAUAUUAUUUUUACCCUGUAGCAGAAAACAAAUUGUGAACUAAUGUUAUUUAUGUAAGUUAAUGAUUUUUUUUUUUUUAAGAAUUCAAAAACAAAAGCAGAGUAAAAUAAUUAUUAAUCUCAAAUGCAAGCAGACUUGGAUUAUAGGUCUGGUCCAAUCACUGCUAAAGAGUCUGCUUACAUUAGAUAUAUCUAUUAAUGUUUUUAAAUUAAUUUGUUUUAACCUAACUUUAAAGUGAGUUGUUUAAAAUCUUAAUUAUAAACUCAUACAUUUCAGUGUGAGAUUCAGAAAUCCCUGGAGGGAGAGAAUACAAGAAAGCUCUCUGUUGAACUGUGCUGUCUAAUAUAAGAAAUACCCACAGGCAACUAAAUAAAGCCUUGUUUUUUAAUCACUUGUUUCAAGUGCUGGCUAGCCAGCUGGCUUGAGGUUACUGUACUAAACACCAAAUACCGACUGUUUCCAUCAUGAUAGAAAAUGCUACUUGGCUAGAUGUUAUGGUACAUACCUCUAGCCCAGCAGGAGGGAGGUAGAGGUGGGAUUGAGUUCAAGAUCCUGUCUUACUGGAGCACACUGCUGCAGGGCACAUAUUCUGUAUCUGUCCUUCACUGGGCGUAUAGUAAAUCUGCCACCACUUCUUCCCUUCACUGUUGAUGGUUGGGCCAGGGGCCUCAUACCAAGCAUGUGCUCCAUCAUGGAAUUGAACUAUUUGACUACUUUGCUUAAUUGAUCACCAUCAAAACCUUUAUAUAAAACAUUUAUUGACAAAUUGGAAGUUUCAUGUAAGAAUUCACAUAACUAUUCAUUAAAAACCACUAAAGGAUUAGCCG